GGUUAAUUAUUAGACACAACCUUUUUUUAGACCCAGCCUUCCAAAAGUAAGAAGAUAAACAUCUAAUAGCAGACAGGUUUUUUUUAUUCAUGUCUUAAAACAGUUUAUCAUGGCAGAGAUGGAAUUGUUAAACUGGAAACUGUGUUAUAUAUAACUGAAUUAAUUUUAAUUUGAAAAUGAUUGCAUGAGUGAUGACUUGAUGCAGACAAAUAGUGUAAUUAUUAUGUUUCACACACAUUCUGGUGUGGCUAGAGCUCAUAACACCAGGUCUGGACUACACACAUUUUUUGGUCUUGUACAACAUAGAAAACAGACAUUACGCCGAGCCAUCAUUCUCUGUAUUGUGGCGGCUGUAUUUAUUUUGGUUGGCAGUAUACUAACCUGGCUUGCCUUCAGGGAUAUAUUUGGCAACAGAGUAACAGGACCAGUUUUUCUAGGUUUAGCCUUUAUAUUAAUACUCCUUGCUAUCCAGAGAUUUGUACAAGCCAAGAAACAUAUAGCACAAAGUAGAAAUGAACAACAGAAUUUUAAUUCUCAGACAGUAGGGGUUGUUUUAGAAGAAGACAAUGGAGAAGGUGGUGCUAUUACAGUUAUAAUGGAUAGUUUACAAUUCAGAAAUGCUUGGAGGGACCCAGACCAAGAAGAGAGUGUGCCUCCCCCAUCUUAUACAGAAGCUACAGAUACCAGUUGUAUAGAGCCCCCUGUAGUGGUACCAGUUGUAAGUCCUGAUGAAAAUGAGGCUCCACCAAGUUAUGAAGAGGCAAUAGAAGAUUCACAACAUUCCAUCAGUGAUGUAGAAAUGUCGGAAAGGCAACCAGGAUGAUUAUGAUUUAAAAAUAAAAGCCUGAGUGAUUGGAAAAGUCAAAUACAAUAUGUUAUAUGAUGUGUUGCAACUGAUAAUUUGUUCAGUGUUUAUUGUAAUGUAAAGUGAGUUAAUCACAAAUAAUGUAAAAUAACAAUGAAAAAUCCGACUAGUGGAUAUGUUAAUUUAAAAAGUCACCAAUAGAAAACAUUAUCUUUGGGUUUUUUUUUAUACUCUGACAUUCAAGGUAAAUUGUUUAUUCCCUAAUAAAAGUUGUAAUCUAUAGAGAAACAUGAACAUUUUUGAAAUUGACUAUAGUUUUCCAGCAUAAAGUUAUUUGACUUUGUCAAUCACUUACAGGAUAUAUAUUUUUAUGCACACCAAUUUUUGUUAUGUUGUUGAUGUAUAUGAAUGAUGUGUCAUCAUGAGUUCUGUCAGCAACUCAUUUACAAGUAUUACAAGCAACAUAUCAAAAAUAGAAAUAGUAACUUAUGUAACUUGUGUAACUUGUGUAAAUUAUAAAUAUGAAUUAAUUGUCAAAUCUAUUUUAAUUGUUGUCAAAAGAAAUGUUUUAUAUAUUUUUUUAAGUGUUUAAUUGAAGUAGUAUUCAUUAAGACAAUGUGUAGUGUAUUCUCUUAUUGAUACAGUCUCAUCACAAAUCGUAUCUUUUACUUUGUCUCUGUUAGAUUUGUUUAUACCUAUGAUUAAGAUACUACAUGUAGCAAAAACAUACAUAACUGAUUGCUUCACUAUACUAUGGAAUAUGAUAAUUCUCAACUGAUUUUUUUUUAAUUAUUGUGUUUUGAAAUCUAAAAAUAUUGGGUCAAUAAUUGAGACUACUGAUCUGUUUCUCUUUUAACUUUUAGUUGUUGUAUAGUCAAAUAUUGUGAUUUUUCAGAAUAUUUACCAAAAAAAUGUUGUUAGUUUGUAAUGCCAGCCAAAAAAUGGUCUUCUAUACUAUCACUAUGUCACAAGCUUGUCCAAAUUGAUUUUUAACCAUAAAGAUCACUGAAAAGCAAACCAGCAGGUUGUAAGAAAUUAAAACCUUAUAAGAUUUGUAUAAAUUAUUAAAUGAUUUGAAAAGUACAAAUCUAACAACGCCCUUCUAAGCCAAAGAGUAAAAAGCCUUUUUGAUAACUGUUGAACACAUUGAUUAUGAAUUAUAAACUGUUUAUAAGUUUUUAUUGUCCUGUAAUUUUAAAGAUUGAAUAUUUUGUAUUCACUUACAGUCAGAUAAUGUUAACAUUUUACUAUUGCCUGUAUUGGUUUUUCUAGAAAGAAGUCUUCAAAAUAUAAAAACAAAAUUGCAGUACCCUACUGGCACCCUACAAUUUUUCUUAGAUCUUUCACUAAGUACAAUUAUUAUUGGUAUAGAACAAAUUUUAAAGUGCCUCUCAUUACUUUUCUUUUAUUAAUUUUGUAAUGAAAGAGUAAAAAGGUUUGAUAAAUUUACAGUGGUAUGUGCAAUAUUUAAAAAAAAAAGCAAAUUUAAUUAUAUUAAUCUGUCUUGUCUGUCCAUGUGUCUUGUAAGGAAAACUCCAACAAAAUGGCUUGACAGAUAUUGAUGAAACCUUACAUAUAAAGAAUUGGAUCCUGGUCUUGCAAGUUUUCAGAGGAGAAAACAAAUCAAACUAACCUCAAUAAAUAAACAGUUUAGGGGCUGGUGCAUUCCUCAGUGUUUUCACUAGCAGUUAUAGUUUUCAACAUUAUAAAGCAUUAUUUGUGAUAAAUUGUUUAUAAAUGAUAUUGAUAAUAGUAUAUGUUUGUGUAUGGUGCAUUGGAACAUAGGUUGUAUGGCAACAAUGAAUUAUGAUUAAAAGUGAAAAGAGAUAUUUGAUACUUAUCAAAGAGACUUAUGCCAAAGUGUAUUUGGAAUAUAAUGAUAAAUAAAGGUGCAUUUUGAGUUGACCAUAUUAUCUUUUGAUAUCUCAAUCAUCCUCUCCAGUCAGCAUACACAGUCCUUCCAUCUGUUAUAGCACAAUUCUUUGAAGUUGUGCAUAAAGGGGAAUAAUUCUAGUCAGACUGCUUCAGGGGGAGAUAAUUUGGCUUUAAUAUUAGAGAAAUUGGAACAAGAAAUAUCAUCUUUAAUGCUCUUUCAUAGGGCCUCUAGUUUCAUCAACCCAUGUAAAGCAUAAAAUAUUUAAAGAACAGAUUUAUCAUUAAUAUAAUAUUUUGAAAUAGAUCAUUGUUAAUUGUAGAUUUUUUUUGUUAGAAUAGAUUAUGAAGAUAGUUUUUUGGUGUAAUAUUUGUCAGACUUUAUACUUUUUAAAAAUAUAUAUUAUAUAGAUAUAGGAAGAUGUUUGCUUUACUAUAUAAUAGACCUUUUCUUCAUUUUAUUUUCAGGAAAAUGUAUUUUCCUCAAGGUUGUUUUAAAAUACAUUAUCCCUUGUUAGCAUGAAAAUGUCUAUUGAUCUGUAUAACAAAUGAAGAGGAAGAUCUAAAUUGACGAUAAUUUGAAUAUUACAAGCAUUUUGUUUGUGCAAAGAAAUUAUGUUUGUGCAAAGAAAUGGUAUAACCUAUUAUUUACCUGGAUAUUUCCUGUGAGAAUAACCUGAAUUUUACGUUGUUUUCUUUUUAUAGGAAAAUGAGAUAUCUCGUUAGUUGUUAUCUAACAUAAUUGUUUUUCUUUAUUGUUUUGAUAAAAAUAAGAAGAUGUGGCAUGAGUGUCAAUGAAACAAUUCUAUAUAUUGAGCAUGUAUUGGCAAUCAUACUAUGUCUUAUUUCUUAUGGAUAAAUAUAUAUAAGAGAAGUCUUUAUUCUAUUAUAUUACAUAAAAAAGCACUGCCUUUAUGUAAAAAAAGUUUUAAAUAGAAUAUAGUGAAUAUCAUGGAUAUAGAAACAUCUAAAGUAUACAGUGAUGAAUAAAACCCAGAAUACAUUUUGGAAAUCACAAUAUUGUUUUCAAAAAACUUUUGAUUGAUCCAAGCAAACGUAGUUACUUUUCAACAGGUUAAUUUUGUGCAAACAUAAUUUGUUUAAUGGUGCAAAUGUAUGACAAAUUUGUCGAAACACAAUAAUCGGCAAAUACCUUUAUAAAUUUGGAGGCCAAUUGAAUCUCAUUUUAAAUAAGUUUACGUUUACUUUACAUUUUUUAUUUUUAUUUUUUUCUCAAAUAAGUGCAAUAGAACUAAUAUUUAUAUUUUUGUCUUGUAUUUACAUGUUUUGUUAGUUUUUAUUUACAUAUUGAAUGUUGUGCAUUAAAUAUUUUGUAUAUUGUUAUAUCUAUAUAUAUGCGUGUGUCAACAGGUAUUGAUCAAGAAUAUUUGAGCUCAUGUUUCAAAAUCAUGUCAUAAUUUUUGAAAGUCACCAAGAUAAUUUUUGUUGUGAGUAAGUGACUGUAAUGUUUGUAUGAUGCUCAACAUGCUGAGGAAGCAAGCAUGAUUUUUGUCCAUGGAUAUGAUAUUUAAUUUUAAAACUUUGUUGAAUGAAUCAUAUAUUUAUAGGAAAAUGAAUCAUAUUAACCAUAGCUUCAAAGAAUUACAUCAUAAUGAUGCAUUAAUAUUCAGGCAUUUUCGACUAGAUUAGCCAACUGCAUUGCUUUUGCACUUAGAAUUUUUAAUUUGACUUUAAAUGAAAACCAUCUUACUUGUCGCCGUCACUUGAUGGCUGAUUUCAACAGAUUUUUUGGACAUUGUAUCAUUGUAUGAUUAUAUGUGUAUCAUUAUCACUUUGGCAUUUUACUUUUAUUUUGAUUGAUCAUUUAAUACAUAAAAACUAAAGAACUUUGACUGUUAGCAAUGGCAGAUUCUGACUAGUUGGGUCUGUACUAGAAAAUAAAACGUUUUUAAAGUACUUGAGUCAGAAUCUUAACAAAAAAACAUCAAGCAAUACAGGUUAAAGUAUUUAAUAACUGGAAUUCUUUUGAAAUAAUUUGUAAGCAAAUUAGUGACUUAUGCUUUCACUUGCAAAACAAAAAUAAAUAUGUUGAGAACAUGUUAUGCACUUAUGUCUUUUCAGAAAAUUCAUUGGAAUUUAAUUUAAACUCGUUUCAAAUGUUCACUUGUAGUUGGAAUUGUAUGGAUUAUAAUAAAUUUGUCUGAAAUUAAUGAAUUUUGAAUAACAGGGGAAAAGUGUUAGUCAAAAUAGUUGCAUGUUUGAAAAAUUUAAUAGACAGAGUUUGGUCUUGGAGAAAAGGAGGAGUAAGAUGGGAGUUGGGGAGGGGUGGGUAGGAAUAGUGAGAACCUGUUCUCUCCCUUUUUACAGGACUCUUUGCAAUCUUUACAGGACUAUUUCAUAUUGGUUAGUCAAUGAUAAGUUUAUAUAUGUAUAUUUGUUAAUCUCAGUUUUCUAGUUGAUUUUGAAUAUUAUUGUUUUAUAUAAAUAAAGUGCAAUGUACUUAAAGUCAGAUUUAUACAUGUUUAAGUUACAGUGCAGUUUAUUGUUUACAAGUUAUAUAAUAGAAGCUUUUGCCACCAAAUGUUUCUUUUUAUGCCCACCUACGAUAAUAGAGGGGCAUUAUGUUUUCUGGUCAGUCUGUCCGUUCGUCCGUCCGUCUGUCCCGCUUCAGGUUAAAGUUUUUGGUCAAGGUAGUUUUUGAUGAAGUUGAAGUCCAAUCAACUUCAAACUUAGUACACAUGUUCCCUAUGAUAUGAUCUUUCUAAUUUUAAUGCCAAAUUAGCGUUUUUAUCCCAAUGUUACAGUCCACUGAACAUAGAAAAUGAAAGUGCGAGUGGGGCAUUCGUGUACUGAGGACACAUUCUUGUUAUUGUCAUAAAAUAUGUAAGGAUCACAAAAUUUGUUUUUAAAGUAUAAAUACUUGAAUCUUAUCCAUACAUUUAAAUCAAAAAGCACAAAUGAAAUAUGUGAAAUACUGACUGUAUUUUACAUCAAAAUCUUAUCCUUCUAAGUGUUCUGAUAUGUCACAUUCACUUUUAUGAUUUUUAAGAAGAAAAAAAAAUUUCACGGACUACCUACAAAAUUUGCAUCAAUGAAAAUAGAAAUGUUUUUAGUGACAAUAGCAUUUUAUUUUAAAACAAUAUGUAGGACAGGGUUUUAGAAAUUUGAAUGAAAUAUGUGAGGGGUCUCAUUUACUCACCUACAUGCAUUACCUUUAACCUUAUGAAGCAAAACAUUCUUACUUUCAUGGUAAAGUUUCUUUCUUUUUUCUAAAUACUUGUCUGUCCUAUAUCUAUAUAUAGCCACAUAUCUAAGGAGAUCUUUGCUUUUUUGUGAAGCUCUAGUUUCACAAAUAUCUUGUUCCUUAAAAUAUCUAGAUAAGUAAAAUUAAAUGAAGUUGUUCUCAUGUUUUUUGUUUGAAGAAUAUAUGUAUGAUUUUUUUUUUAUAUAUAUGAACCUUAGGAGUUAUGAAAUGACUAAAACACAUGUAAACAGUCAAGGAAACUUACAAAAUAUCAUAUCUGUGUUUUUGUUUUUUUGUGCAUUGUUGCUUUCUAUUUAAA